UACACUAAACAAACCAAAAUGGAGGAGAACAGACAAGAGAGAAGAGGAGAAAUGAUUUGAAGAGUGGAAUAUUUAAGAUCUAAUCCAGUUUCUGAAUACUCUACAUACAGUCUGACAGAAGAGCAGAGGAAAGCACACAAGUAUGACUAAGACAAAGUGCAUUUGGAGGAAUGUGAGAGCCAGUUUGUAUGCACAACCGGAUGGAUAUCCGACUUGGGCAACCAUGUGCUCCCAGGCAAAGUACUGAUCCCCAGAGUGGCUCAUUCCUUUUUAAUCUAAACCCUUUUCUGCUCGGAUUUAACCCUCAAGUUCUUCCUUUUGCUGUACUGGAUAUUCUUAUUUGCCCUAAAGGAACCAUCUACAUGUACAGAAGGAUGAGAGAGCGACAAAUGAGGGAUGGGAAGACACCAUGGGAUGCAAUUUUCAUGUGAUGUGAAAAGCGCAUCGAGACUCAGCUGGAACGGAGAGGUCCUCCAUCUGCAAAGGGACGAGUUCUCACACCAAGUACAGAACAGCGAGGAAUGAGGAAGAAAGAAAAGAGGUGCUUGUCCAAUCAGAGAUGCAGAUGGCCACAGAAGACAUGAGUACCAGCCAAUCUGGCACCAGGACGACUUCCACUUGCCAAUUUAUACAUAACAAAUCAAAUGUGACCCCCUAAUUAAGUAACAGUUGAUACAGUUUACCUAGACUCGCAUACUGCCAAUGAAGUGAUACAUCUCAUUCCUACACUCAUUUCUACUUUGAUAAAUCCUUAAUUCCUACAUGAGUUCAACUCAAACUUCAAUUUGCUGUAUAAUUACUAGAGAAGCGAAGGAAAAACCGGAACAUUUUGCUAUGCUGUGACUAUACCUCAAGCAGUACAGACACAAAUCGGACAAAAAAAGUAACACCAGGUCACCAUACGCUGAUAUAUUAUUAUAAACCGGCCCUCACUCUUUUUCAAAUGGCGCCAGCCUGCAUGAAUAAAUGUUAGAUGGCGAGCAUCUGUGUUCGGCUUUCUCCAAUGGAUAUUGUGACAACAUCCCAAAUGGCCCAGAGGACGGGACAGGGACGGCAGAGACAUAACGUGACUGGAGGUUCUUCAUCAGUGGUCCUGUCCACAGCAAGCUCCUUCCUAUGUUGGCUCGCCCUGCUGUCAGUAAUGCGGUUGCCAAUGGUGACAGCUGACUGCUGGCUUAUCGAGGGGGAGAAAGGCUUUGUGUGGCUGGCUAUCUGCAGUAUGAACCAGCCGCCUUAUGAAGCCAUCCCCUCCCACAUUAACAGCACUAUUGUGGAUCUGAGGCUGAACGAGAACAAGAUACGGUCGGUGCAUUAUUCUUCACUCAGUCGCUUUGGCAACCUCACCUAUCUGAACCUCACCAAGAAUGAUAUCAGCUACGUGGAAGAUGGAGCGUUCUCGGCACAAUUCAACCUGCAGGUUCUCCAGAUGGGUUUUAACAAGUUGAGGAACCUGACAGAGGGGAUGCUGCGGGGCCUGGGCAAGCUGCAGUAUCUCUACCUGCAGGCCAACCUCAUCGAGACUGUUACACCUAACACCUUCUGGGAAUGCCCCAACAUAGAGAAUAUAGACCUCUCCAUGAACAGGAUCCAGGUACUGGAUGGCAGCUUGUUCUCUGGACUUUCGAAGCUGACUACCUGUGAACUUUACACCAACCCCUUCAACUGCUCUUGUGAGCUGCUGGGUUUCCUGCGCUGGCUCUCAGCCUUCCCGAACAGGACCAGCGAGAGGAUGGUGUGCGACUCCCCUCAAGGAUUUUUCGGCUACAACCUCCUGAGCCAGAACCCCCGCAUGUCUACCCAACGCAACGCUCUGCACGUGCUCAGUCUUGUAUGCACAGACGACGGCAAUAGUGUGACAUCCUUUUAUGUCCUUGGUGUGCCUGAUUCCACCACCCCGCUCCCAGAUUUUGCCUCUCCCUGUGGAUUGGAUGAUUGUGCCUCUGGGACUCCUCCCGAUGAAGUCAUCAGUUCAAGCCCAAUUUUCUCUGACGCCAAUCCGAUCAUGAUGCUAAAGCAGGUGCUACAUUCCAGCGCUGUGAUAACGGUUCAGAUUCCUCAUCCGUACAGGAAAAUGUACAUCUUGGUGCUUUAUAACAACAGCUUCUUCACAGACAUCCAGAAUCUGAAAAAUCAGAAAGAAGAUAUUGAGCUAAAGCACUUAAAACCUAACACAGAAUAUACGUACUGUGUGGCUUCUAUACGAAAUUCCCUGCGCUUCAACCACACCUGUCUGACCAUCCCCACAGGCCGUCGGGCCGGGCCUGGGACUGUAGCCAAUCAGUCGUCAGCAACCCACUACAUCAUGACGAUUUUAGGCUGUUUAUUUGGUAUGCUACUAUUCCUUGGCCUAGUUGUCCACUGCCUGAGGAAGAGGAGGAUCAUGGAGGAAAAGGAAAGGAAGAUGAGCAGGAUCCAGAGGACUCUGAUAGAGCUAAAGUAUGGUGGAGAAGGGGAUAUAGAGGGAGGGAGUGGAGGAUCCCAGAAGCUUGCUGCUGGGGAAAGUCUGUCCAGAAUGCCGUACCUUCCUCAGGGUGGUGAGAUAGAUCCUUACAAGCUGCAGGAGGUGAUAGAAACACCGCCGCACAAGCCUGCUAAACUUAACUACAUGGAGGUGAGGGGGUCUGGCAUUGAAAGGGAAAGAGAACGAGAGCGAGAGCGAGAGCGAGAAAGAGAGAUGUCGCCACAAGCAAAUCCCCAGGGCUCAGUCGCAGAGAUCUCAACCAUCGCUAAAGAAGUUGAUAAAGUUAACCAGAUUAUUAACAACUGUAUAGAUGCUCUCAAAUCUGAGUCUACCUCCUUUCAACAGGGGAUGAAAUCCCCGUCUUCUGCAGGUGGUGGGGCUGUUUCGACUGCAGAGCCGCAGCUGGUGCUCCUCUCUGAGCAAGUAGAGAGGGGUGAAAGAGGAGGCGAGUUCCUCUCUCCAGUUUAUAAGGGAGGAAGAGGAGGAAGAGAUGAAAGGGGGAGAAGCUACCAUCAUUCACUGCAGCGACACCACAGCAUGGAGGCUCCUCCAACCUCGAAAAGGCCCAGCACCUCUUCUUCUCCAGGCUCUGCCCGGAGCCCUCGCUCAUUCCGCUCGGAGGGAGGCUACCACUCCUCAGAGACCCGCUAUAUCGAGAGGACCUCACCCGGAGAGAGAGGAGAAAGGGGAGGUGGAGGUGGGGAGGCCAUCCGUACAGUCACUCCAGCAGCAGCUAUCCUACGAGCUGAAGCCCAGAGGAUCCGCCAGUACAAUGAACAUCGUCACUCUUAUCCCGUCCCAGCAGCACCUCCAGGACCUGCAGCACCACCCCCAGAUCCUACAGAGCUCCACCAUCACCCAGGGGGCCGUAAGCCAUCUGUGUUAGACCCUCUCACCCUUAGCAGGCAGGCCAAGCAGCGGGAGCUGGCCUAUUCCCAGCUCUCGCCUCACUACCCACUCUCGCCCCAGUACCACAACCUCAGCUACUGCUCCAGCCCAGAGGAAGACGAGGAGGAGGAAGGGCUCCUCUGCACCCCGACCCUGGGGCUGUGGGAGAGGUUCAAACUGCACCGUAAGAGGCACCGGCAGGCGUCCAUGGAGGACGAAGGAUACGUGGCAGCCGGACACGCGCUGAGGCGAAAGGUUCAGUUUGCCAAGGAUGAGGAUCUUCACGACAUACUGGACUACUGGAAGGGUGUGUCCGCCCAGCAGAAGACCUGAUCUAACAUCUGGAGACC